AAAGCUUUCAACCCCCCGGAACUCCACUUGAUGCGAGUGCCUGGUGGAUUCCUUCCAAGAGCGGGACCGAGCCGGCAGCACAGACAGGAGGAGACCUCUUCCACCACCACCACCACCACCAGCUGCCCACCACACACCGCGCCCGCCUGCCCGCAUCUGGCUGCCUGCCCUCCUUGCGAACGACCUAAGCACCGACCCAUCCACGGCAUCCCUUGGGUGCUGGAUGCACGCACACACGCAGCCCGGCCCAGUCGUUCGUCUCUCCUCAAACCACGCUCCCCUUCUCUAGGCUUACUGCCGUCAUCAUUGUCCCUCCUUAGUCCUUUGCCGCCACUAGCCCUCCCAAAUCGACCGACCACCUCGCCGACGACCGCAGCCCCCGCGACGACUUUUCCACAAAAGCGACACCCAACACGGGCGGCGCAUCCUUACUGAGCAGCCGACGACGGCUGGAAACCACGACAGGACAUCUUUGAGUUGUUGGACCGUGCUGUCCAUGCCCUGCACUCUCCUGAGCUAGCCGCUUGAUGCUGCCAGACCCGCGAAGCACCCGUCAGGGCCAACGCUAGGCAGCUUGUCGCAUUGCCUUCCUAAUUGACGACAGCUGCUGCCUCCACCGCCUCCUUCCGCCCGCGAAGCCACUCGGACUGGUCGGCGCACGCACGCGAGCACACCAUCACCACCGGACGGCUCCGACGCCCAUCGCGACCCUUUGCGCGAGCCUGCCCUGGACCCCACGUUCCAAGCCGGACUAAAUCGCCUUGACAGGCAAUCCUCACCCCAGCACCCCCCUGCCGCUGGAUCCCUCUCUCCCGACCUAGCGUUCGACCGACCGACCGACCGACCUGCCAGCCUGAGCACCGCUGCCAAACCACGCUCACUCCCUUGGCCAUCCCGGCGUCUGAAUCUAGCCCCUGGAUACCGACCGCCGAGGCCAACGUCCGCCGUGAGCGAGGGAGGGUCUUCUCGCCCCGAUCCCAGACGACCGCCCUCGAGGGAGGCCGGGGGGGUGCGCCACGCAAACGGCCAGCUCGGGGGUAUUCUCGAGCUCUGAAUUCAAUGAGAACGGCCGUCGUCUCUUUCAGCCGCACCUCACAUCGUACAGAGAACCGCCGUGUUCUCCGUGCUGACCCCCAGCCCGGACAAUGGCAGCCUCAGUCAGGAUCUCGGGCCCGCCCAACAGCAGUUUCUUGGUGGGCUACCCAGGAAUAUCUGCAACACUGCCCAGAAUAGAAGGCAAGGUUGAAAUCAGGCCAUCUCAAGGAUACUCGAUGCCAGUUGGCAUCUCGCUGGUCAGGAUAUGCCUCCAGAGGAGAGAGUCGAUACAUCCUGCCGCCGACAACAUGGCCAAGAAGCACCUGGGCACGCCGAGGCGCGAGACUGUCGACAUUGUGGGCAAGGAGCAUCUGUUAUUCCGUUGCCAGGACGGUAAGGAGGCCGAGAGCGUCAUUGCUAUGGACCUCCCCUUUGUCCUCUUUAUUCCAUUUGGUCGCGGCGGCGAGGAGACGAACCGUAGGAUACCGCCCGCAUCGCUGCAGCUGCCCAGCCGCACCGCCGAGACCUUCUACGAGCUCAUCGUCACGGUACAACAGGGCGCCAGCGAUCAGUUCAAGUAUGCUUUCCCGCUGCCGCUGCAGAGGUACGAUACGCUCUCGACUUUUGGCAUGUAUAACCGGCCCGAAAGCAAGAUUGCAACGGCCGACAACAUCAUCACGCUCGCCACGUCACUGCCGCGCUGGAGCUACGGCCCCCAGGACCCCAUAACCGUCUAUAUCAAGCUGGCACCGAACCCCGAUUGGAUGAACAAAGCCAGGCGCGUCACCAUAAACAAGAUCACGCUGAGCAUCGAGGAAGAGAUCACGUACAACCCCGAGGGCGACGAGCCGACCAAAAAGGUCAACAAGAUCGCCAAACGCACACAAAACGUCGGCGCCAAGAUGCCCGAGGCCGGCUACACCACAAAUCUCGGUCUCGUCUUCCCCUCACGCGAUCUGAGGGACUCGGAGGGCAUCAUGCGGAGGGGCGAGCCGUCACGGUUUCCCAACUACGGGGUGACUUCGUUCACCACCACUUCUACUCUUUAUAAGAUUGAAUUUUUUCUCACGGUCAAGGCUUCUAUGAGUUCCGCACGUGACAUCGUACUACGGCAACCCAUCGUCAUCUGCCCCUUGGACCAACAAGGCUGUAAGGAAGAGAUUGAGGCCAUCGAAGUUGCAGCAAGAGAUGCGUCCAUGGUCGAUGCCAACAACCCCUUCCUGCCUGCUAGGACAAUAGUGCUCGCCACUCAGUCAGACUCACUACGGCACCUUGGCCUCUGCCUCGUUGGUGGGAAGAAAAAGCCAUUAAUCGAGUAAUGAGCUUCGAGCCUUAUACGACUAAUAAAUAGAUGAGGGGCCAUGCCGAGCGUUCUCUCAUCCUAUCCCACCUCGAGAUGUCAUCUGGCCUACCUCGCCCAUCGGAUCGCCACUGCCUAGACGCCCUGCGCUUCCCGAUGUGAGCUUGUUUAUGCCGUUCGAGCAUGACAGCCUACGCGAAAUCGGCUCACGCUCUGAGCUAUCUUGGCCAAUAGUCCGACUGUAUUGGCGGCCGUCGCUUCAAUCCCGUAUCCGACACAAGACUUACCGGUCCAAAAAUGAAACGGAGCUGGAGUGCCAUGUCACUGACAUUAUGUCCCCAUGAUGCGUUUCGAGGGAAUGGGCAGAAGGACCUGCCCGCUGAGUUGUCCUGCGCGCUAGUCUGAAGCGCCUGACCAGCCGAGCUACCGGCAACAGCAGCAGAAUCAGCAAAAGGGCAAGGGACAAAAGUGGCACAGCCAGUGAAUGAGUAGGUAUCCGCUUUUAGAAGGGCAAAGGAGGCAUCGCAGCUUUGCAGCCCCAGAUGGUUCGGCCCCGGCGAUGUCAGACCGGUUGUCGAUUCUUCUCGCGACCGAUCCCAUUCACGGUGUGGGACUCUUUAGACUGCGGCAGAGAAGACCACGACGACUCGGAGCGCGGGGAUUGGUGGACAUAAUAGGGGGCAGGAGUCAAUCCCGGCCACCUGUCCUUCUCGUUUUCUACUCUUUUAUCUCCCCUACCACUGAUAUCUUCUUCCCUGUUCUACGCACCAUUUACAAUUUUUUUUCUCUUUCUUCCUGGGUGGCGCGUAUAUUCCGCUGGGGCGUCGGUUGAGCUUUUGUCAUGAUUUGGGCACCUAGGUGGUUUUGGGAGCGGGAGCGGGCUUCUUUUGUUUUGUUUCCUCUCUUCUUCCCUCUCACUUCUACAUCUAUUCUGUUUUGGACAGCUAAGCAUAUCUGCCUCUUGAUUACUUCCUUCCACCUCCUUUUCAUCUUAGGCAAAGACUCCAUCCGGUAGUCGGUGGGGUGGUGUCGUCCGUUGGCGCGUGGACAGAAGUUUGUGUCCGCAGACAAGUCUGAAUACUAUACCAUACCUGUAUUUUCCGGUGAUGUUUGGAUGCGCAGUGGGCCGGCUUCUUGCGCCCGACGCCCGAGUAUCCAUAGGUUUUGAAGGAUCAGCCGGAACGUUCAUCACCGACUACUUGAUACCCUUACAAUGUAUCACGAUGUACAAUACACAUCACACGUCAGCCCAAGAAAUAUUCUACCUCGUCAGCAACCUUCAA